CUCUAUCUGUAUAUGGGCACCUCAGGAAGCAACUUCAUUCGGACAUAAGAAACUUGGAAAUUUGCCAAAAAAAACAACAAUAACGACAAUAUUCGAUUUAUCUAGACACAAGGAACUUAUAGAAACUAAAAUUUCAGCAAUUAUAGAAUUAAUUUAA